AUGUCUCAUGACUUCACAGGACUAAUGUCAUCAAAUUCUUGUUUAUCUGUCAUUCACUACAAUGUACAAAGUCUGUUGAACAAAAUAGACGUUCUUACCACUGAAUUUAGUAUGUUUGAUAUCCUUGCCUUUUCAGAAACAUGGCUUAAUCCAAAUAUCUCUGAUUCGGAUGUAUCGAUACCAUGCUUUCACACUCCUGAAAGAAAGGAUAGGAUUGAUGACCGUCACGGUGGAGUAAUCUUAUACAUCAAAGAUUCGCUUUUCUACAAACGCCGUUUGGAUCUCGAACCAAGAAAUAUUGAAUGUCUAUGGGUUGAGAUUAUAUUUUCCCAAACAAAACAUAUUCUGUUCGGUGUCUUCUAUCGACCCCCCAAUGCAGAUGCACUUUACACAACUUUUAUCGAGGAUUCUCUUAACAUGGCAUUAGACACAAAUAUAACAGACAUCAUCGUCACUGGAGACUUUAAUUUCAAUCCAGUAAAUUCUACUCUGUCACGCAAACUUCUUUCUAUAUGUCAACAAUUUCACCUUGAACAGCUAAUUAAUGAACCUACUCACUUCACCGAAACAUCAGCCUCGGUUUUAGACCUUUUUCUUGUAUCUUGUAGUCAUCGAGUUAUUACUUCCGGUAUUGCAGAACCAGUCCUAGACCAGAACAUACGCUACCAUUGUCCUAUUUUUGCUAUCUUUUCAUUUUCUAGACCAAAAUUAAGCAUUUUCAAACGUUUUGUAUGGUUGUAUGAUCGAGGCGAUUACAACACCCUUAAACAUCACAUUAUGCAUACAGACUGGGAACAAUAUAGUGACAAUGAUAUAAAUAUUCACACAACAACAAUAACCAAUAAGAUUCUUGAACUCUCAAAGCAGUGUAUUCCUACAAGAACAAUAACAGUUAAACCAAAUGAUGCAGUGUGGAUCACGUCACAAAUUAAACAACUUAUUCGUAAACGUAAGAAACUUUACCACAGAGCAAAACGAACCCAAAAUACUAUUCACUGGCACAAAUUUAAACAACUUCGUAACAGAAUUGUUUCACUUAUUCAUACUGCCAAGCGAAACCAUAUAAAGAAACUGGCAGAUUCACUCACAUCUGAUAACACUAUACAAAAAGACUGGUGGAGAGUCAUCAAAUCAUUUAUAUCUCCGACUGAAAAACAAAUCAUUCCCGCACUGACAUGUCCAGACUCUAACAGACUGAUAUUUGACAAUAAAUCUAAAUCUGAUAUAUUAAAUAAAUUUUUCUGCAGUCAGUCUUCUGUUGAUAAUUCUAAUAAAGAAACUCCAGAAGAUUUCUACGUACAGCCUGUUCGCACACUCACUUCAAUCACGGUUACACAUCAAGAUGUUGAGGAUGCUAUCAAUACUCUCAAUAUAAAUAAAGCGUCAGGGCCUGAUGAAAUUAGCAAUCGGAUAUUGUGUGAAACAGCUUCCGUAAUUAAAUAUCCACUUUGUUCCCUGUUCAACCAUUCACUUCGCUGCUGCAAAGUCCCACAAUCUUGGAAAGAUGCUAAUGUUUGUCCAAUUUUUAAGAAAGCACUUGAUGACGGUCUAGAGAUACGAGUUGUGUUCUUCGACAUAAGCAAGGCUUUCGAUAAAGUGUGGCACAAAGGUCUCCUACUUAAGUUACAAGGAGCUGGUAUUCAAGGACCUCUUCUUGGUUGGUUUUCAAACUAUCUGUCAAAUAGACGUCAAUCUGUGGUUCUUCCUGGUGCUAAAUCUGAUUGGUCUUCUAUCAAAGCAGGUGUCCCUCAAGGUUCGAUUUUGGGUCCACUUCUUUUUUUAGUUUAUAUAAAUGAUAUUGUUGUAGAUCUAAGGUCUUGUGUAAAUCUUUUCGCUGAUGAUACCAGCCUUUAUUUAAUCGUCGAUCAUCCGAUACAUGCAGCUGAGACUCUUCAAAGUGAUAUAAACAAAAUUUCUUUAUGGGCUGAUAAAUGGCUGGUCCAGUUCAAUCCUUCUAAAUCUGAAACCAUGACAAUCACACGUAAAACAUCUAAACCUUUUCAUCCACAUCUUUCCAUGCAAAACGAAAUGAUAUCUGCAGUUACUUCUCACAAACACCUUGGUUUACAUUUUUCUGACAAUGGUUCUUGGCAUACUCAUAUUAACUACAUAAAGGAAAGAGCUUGGAAACGUUUACAUAUUAUGCGUAGACUUAAAUUUCAACUUGAUCGUAGAUCUUUAGAAAUUCUCUAUCUGUCAUACAUCAGACCUAUUUUAGAAUACGCCGAUACUGUCUUUAUAAAUUGUACUCAAUAUGAGAAAAAUGAACUUAAUAAAAUCCAAUACGAAGCUUCACGAAUUGUCUCUGGUGCCAGUAAACUUGUUUCUUUGCAUGAGCUCAAACGAGAAGUUCCUUGGGAAUCUUUAGAGUCUAGACGAAGGAAACACAAACUCAUACUUCUUUACAAAAUGAAAAAUGGACUCUCCCCAAACUACCUUUCAUCUCUUGUUCCCCCUUCAGUAGGUGAGACAUCAAGAUACAAUCUUCGCAACUCAAACGAUUUUAACGGUAUACGAACAAGAACUUCUCUCUCUGAAUAG